CCAAAGCACUGCGCAAUUGCGCAGGGCGCAGCACAUUGUCGGUGGUAGUGAUCAGGUGUUUAUUAAAUAUCUUCAACAAUGAUUAAUAAAGCAAACAGCAUUUAUCGUUUCCUUGAAUAAAAAACUUAAACGAAAAUGAUGCAUAGUGUUUUUCAUUAAAAAAAUUUCUAUCUAUACACCCACCGGUGAUGAAUAACGUAAGGUUAGGAUACCUUUUAACAAUAACUGUUAUGACUUUCAUUGCAAUCAUUUACCAAAUUCAAAUUGUCCGACUUCAAGAUAAAAUCUUCCACCUUGAGAAUAAUGCAAAUCAAAACGAACGUAAACAAAACAGUAGAGAAGUAUUAGGAAACGACGAUUUGGUCGUUGUAUACAAUAGAGUACCAAAGACUGGUUCCACAAGUUUCAUAGGUGUUGCCUACGAUUUAUGUAAAAAGAAUAAAUUCCAUGUUUUACAUGUAAACAUAACUGCCAAUAAUCACGUAUUAUCGCUAAACAAUCAACACGAUUUCGUUCAUAACGUCACCAAUUGGAACGUAAUGAAACCGGGGAUCUACCAUGGACACUUUGCCUUCAUAGACUUUACAAAAUUCGGGGGCCCUAAGCCCCUAUUCAUCAACAUUCUUCGCAAACCCCUAGAAAGGUUCAUCUCCUAUUACUACUUCGUCAGGUAUGGGGACAACUACAGGCCUUAUUUGGUACGCCGCAAACACGGAAAUACCAUGUCGUUUGACGAAUGUGUUGAAAAAAACCUCCCAGACUGCGACCCCACCCACAUGUGGCUGCAAAUCCCCUUCUUGUGUGGCCACGCCGCGAAUUGCUGGAAGCCCGGCAACAAGUGGGCUUUAAGUGAAGCCAAGAAGAAUUUAGUCAAUAAUUAUCUACUAGUAGGAGUGACGGACGAAAUCAAUGACUUUGUUGCCAUUCUAGAGCAAACACUUCCUCGAAUAUUUAAAGGCGCUUUCAAUCAUUACUUAACUAGCAAUAAGUCGCAUCUGAGGCAAACUGUGCAAAAGGAUGCCCCCUCGCCAAACACAAUUAAGAAAAUCCAGGAAAGUACAGUGUGGCAAAUGGAAAACGAACUCUACGAGUUUGCCCUGGACCAAUUCCACUUCAUCAAGAAACACACACUCAAAGACAAGUUGCAGAAUGUCAUGUACGAGAAAAUUAGGCCCAAAAUCAACUGACUUACUUAUUUUUCUAAAAUUUAUCUGAAGUACUUAUUUGUAAUAAAUAAAAGUUUAAACUGA